CUGUGCCGUCCAGGAUCCAGCCCUAAGGGUGAGCGGACAUCCCAUGUGGGCACGGAGCCAUCCCUCUCUCUGGGCAGUGGGCUGUGGCCACAUCCACCCAGGCUUUCUGAGCAGAUGUGGGUAGGACGCUGUGGUCUAUUUGAGUUGUGAUUUCUCCAGGUGGAUGUGUCAGUGACAGUUGGAAUUGGCCCCUGAAUCUCCUGAGAUUCCUCAGGCAUGUCACACCCACAUGCAGGUGCCACCAUGUCUCCCACAUAAUCCGAGCACCGGGCUCUAUCUCCUCUUAAGCCGAGGUGCAGGCCUGAGGCCCCAGCUGUGACACACAGGUGAGGCAACAGAACUCGGAACUUGGAAUGGGGACGGGUGCCGGCUUUCGUUGACGCAGAGGGAGCCCGGCGUGCGUCUCUGCCAGCCCAACAUCCAGCGCCAUCCUGUGUCUGCCAGGCAGUGCAAGGGAGAACUGCAUAGCCAAGGGCUGGCGCCAGGAGUAGGAGGCCUUGCUGGGCGCCAUGACACGCGUCAAGAGCAACCGGGAGCUGUACCAGGAGUACUCGGCGUCGGCGCCGCGGCUGCUGGCCCGCGUGUCCCGGCUGCUGGUGCUUUGCCGCAGCGCCGGCAUCAGCAUCCCCAAGGGCAUCCGAAACAUCUUUGAGUUCACCUGGGAGGAGCUGGUUACAGACCCCACGGUGCCCACGGCCUCUGACAUCCGGGGCCUGGAGAUCAGCAUCGGGGCGCCGCCUGCUCCCCCGGAGUCCACCCCAGCCCCCGCCACCCCCAGCCAGAAGAAGCAGCCCUCUGGUCCCCAGCCGCCCCCGCCGGCCCCGCUGGCCGCUGUGCUGCUGCCCACCACACCCACCAAGUUCUCAGCCAGCCAGGGCUUCCUGGGCACCUCCAGCCAAGGGCCCCUGGUCCCCCCCAACCAGGAGACAUUACAGCGCUUCCAGUGCCGCUCUGUCCACCUGCUGACCGAGCUGCUCGGCCUCAAGAUGAAGGCCAUGCUGGAGUCCAUCACCGCAGGCGCCAACCCCCUGGACAUCACACGGCGAUUCCUGGAGGCCAGCCAGCUGCUGCAUGUCAGUGCCAAGGAGAUGGCCUUCCGCCACCUGGUGGGCGCCACCGGGAGGGGCAGCCAGGACCCCGGGCAGCAGGGGAAAGACUCCCUCACAAGCUUCUCGGCCAUGGCUGUGAACACACCCUACCAGCUCAUCUACGAGUCCACCACGGGCUGCCUCAGCUUCUCCCUCUCGACUACCAGGGACAUCAGGAGAAAACCAGGCAGGCUGAGGACGACAGAAGAGCUGGACCAGCUGGCCAUGCAGGGGGCCCCCUCGGCUACCGAGCUCCACAUCACAGACCCCUGCCCCGAAGCCCGCCAGCGGCUGCAGAAGCUCUGCCGCCAGAUAGAGGCAGAGAGGGCCAUGGGAAGAGACAAGCCCUCGUACCCAGUGGUGCUCCGGAACUACAGGGUGAAGUCCUUCAUGCCCAGCCUGCCCAUGGCCUCGCCGCUGGGCAGCCAGCCAUCUACCCGCCUCCUGCCGCAGCCCUCAGCCCUCUCCCAGCCUGGCCUGCAGCGGAUCUCCAAGGACUGGAAGGCAUCCCGCAAGACAGUCAAGCUACACUACUCCUUCCACGACGGCUCUUCCUUCGUGUACUACCCCUCUGGGAACAUUGCCAUGUGCCAGAUCCCCACCUGCUGCCGGGGCCGAGCCAUCACCUGUCUCUUCAAUGACAUGCCCAACCUCUCCUUCCUCGCUCUGUUCAACGCUGAAGGCCAGGGUUGCGUCCACUACAGUGGCAAGGCCCGCUGCCCGUAUGUCUUGGUUCUGGAUGAGGAAGGCGGGACCACCAAUGACUCCAAGGGCUAUGUGGUGCACAAGUGGAGCUGGGCCUCAAAGGCAGAGACCUUGCUCUCCCUGGAGUACAAGGUUAACGAGCAGAUGAAGCUGACGGUGCUGGGCCAGGACUCUAUGGUGGUCACCUUCACCUCCAUGCACGAGACGGUCACACUUCCUGUGUCAGCCAACAACUGUCCCCACGGCCAGGACAGGCGGGUGAGCCACCGGUUGGGCAGCAUGGAGGACAGGCUGUCCAAGGGCAGCCGGGCGCUGGCCAUCAAGAAACGCUUCCAAAAGACAGUGUCCCAGUUCAUGAACUGCGUCUUGCUCGUGGCAGGCCUGUUCACCAUCCAGUACCCCAUGCGGGAAGAGACCGAGCUCAGCCGCACCAGGACCAAGUCCGGGGUCCAGCUGGAGCAGGUGCCCAAGGUCAGCGCCUCCCUGGGUGACGGGAUCGUCCAGUCCUCGUCUUCCCGGCUCGAGUCUCCCAUGGCUGAGCCAGGGAGGGAUGACACUGCCACCUCAGUCCCCAUGAGUCCCAGUCGCAGGACGACCAUCUCUGUCCGCCUCUCGAGCAAAGCCGUGCCCAGCCAUUCCCUGUGCCCCCCUUUCAGGAAGGCCCCUGAACCCCGGGGCAGCCCCAUGCGCUGGGCGGCAUCCCCAUCUGACUGCCCACUGGUGCUGCGCCGGCUGCUGCUCCGGGAGGAUGCGCGGGGGGGCUGCCGUUGUCUGCUGCACCCACCCCUGGUCACUGACGUGGAGCUGGAGCGCUUCCUGGCUGCCCCCCGAGACCCCAGCCAGGUGCUGGUGUUCGGGAUCCUGGGGGGCCACACCCCCAGCCGCACCGCCCAGCUGAGCUGGCUGCUGGACACCCUGUACGCCAGCCGGCAGAUGGGCCGCGGCUCGCCCUGCAUCCAGUGCCGGCAUGACCCCUUCCGUCUGCUGCGUUAUGACCUGGACGAUGCCCUGCAAAAGGACCCUCCGCUGCUGGUGAAGAAGUUCGCGGUGGUGGAGGGCAUGAUCCUGAUGUUUGCAGGCGGGAAGCUGCUGUUUGGGGGCUGCAUCCUAAAUGGAUAUGGCUACAGCCGCCAGAACCUUCUGAAGCAGAUCCUGAGGGCCCAGCAGGAUGGCAAAAUGGGCCACUUCCUGCCUGAGGACUUCAAGUUUAGCGUGCCAACCCCCAGCUCCACCUUGGAGGAGCCCCGGGCCACCAGGAGGGCCAUGUCGGAAGACAUCCAGGGUAGCCUCUCCUCUCUGGGCCUGCUCGAGAGGGUGGACCGGCCGGACCAGCCAUUGUCCCCAGAGGCUGACAGGAGGCUGAGGCCACUCGAACUGGACCUGCUGGCCCUAAGCCGUGCACGGAAGAGCAGCAAGAAGCUUGCCAGCUGGAAACGGACACUGCCCAAGAAGCAGUGAGGACACUACCACCCGCCUGGCCCCCAGAACCCCAAAUAAAGCCGGCCUCGGACCCAA